GCCGGCGUAGCAGUAGCCGCGUAGCCCGCGGCCGGCAGAAAGUAGGGAAGCGUCGGUACGAAAAGAGUAGACCAAAGCAAAAAAAUUGGAAAACGAACGAUUUUCGCAGUUUAAACAGAAAAAAGUCACUCAAUCGUGAGUACAAAUACGUGGAGUAAUUAAGGUCAUAAUAUUUAGUGUGUGUGAGUGUGUUGUGUGAAUAAUAAGGAGGCGAUACGAUUGACAAAAGAUAAGAUUCCAAAAUGUCAGAUGAAGCGCUUGAAGCGAAAAUGCAGUCAGUGCAAGAAUACAUUCCAUUUUUGGAGGAUAUGAUGAGCGAAUUAAAGGCGAAGGGGAAUCGGACAGCUCGUCUGGAACAAUUAAAGACUCUGCACCUCAUAAUUACAGAAUCAUCAAGAAAAAUGGAAUUGGAAACCCUCAAUAGAUAUCAAGAAGUACUUAAGAAUAUCUUUCUGAAAGUGAAUCCUCAAUUGCUGACUAAAGUGACAACAGGUUCCACAGAAAGUCCAAAAAACUUAGCUGAUAUAGAAGAUCCCAAAACUCAAACCGACACACACCCUCAGCCACAAAAUACCACUAGUUCAUCAAACAACCCAGUGGUGUCGUCACAAAUAGUAGACCCUAACGGCCAAAUAAUAGACCAGGAAAAUGUGCAGAAAGAAAUGGUUGAAGUCGAAUAUGAGUCGAAAACUGUCCGAGAAGCAGUCUACCAGAUAAAUAAAACCAAUGAUUCUGAAAAUGCAGUGCCAUCAAGAAAGUCAGGAGAAAAUUCAAAGUCAGUAACAAAAAAUCCACCAACAAGCCAUAUGAAAUCUAGUGGCAAAAACUUUAAAAGCAAAUCUACAAAAGAUGGUCCAAACGUACUGAAAGAAUUUGACAUAUUUGGAAAUUUGUUUGCUGGCACUACGAAAGGAAAAAAUAUAACAGAGAAAGGCGAUAGAAGGAGUAGUAUAGGUAGUUUAGAUUCAGAUAAGAAGAAACAUAAACAAGAUGACAGUAGAAACAAGAAAUCAGAUGCAAAGGCUAAAGAUUCAAAUAAACAUGAUAAAAAAAAAAUACACAAGGAAGAUAAUGAAGCAAAUAAAGAUAAACAAUCGACCAGCGAAAUCUCAAAUGCCUUCCAAACACCUUUAGAGACUGAAGUAAAUACUGACACAGAAAAUGAGCGGUCUCCAUCAGAAAUGAUUACUUUGAAAACUCAAAGUACACCCGCAAUCCAAAGCGGCUCUUCACAAAUUAUUGAUUUGAUCAACUCGCAAAGUGAGAACAAACUAGUCGAUAAAUUCUUAGCAAAUGAAAAUCCAAAACCCGAAGAGUUGCCAAUAGAAUUGCCUAAUGUCGAUAGCGCCGUUUCUGAUUGCAUUCAAGAUCCGCUUGAUAGCAACAAAAAUUUAGAUUCAACCCCAAAACAACAAAAAGUAACUGCCUUGAUUCCUUCCUUGAGUGAAAUUUCCCUAGGGACUAACCAAAAUACGGAAACGAUUCAGGUCAGAUCAGAACUAACUUCAGAAUCACAAAUACUGUCUCAACAUAAUUUGAGAACACAGCCAACUGUUUUUCACACACCUCCUUCACCAAUUCUACCCUCGAGCUAUUUGACACCUCCUCCAAUACCAAGAAUCAUCUCACCAAAUCCUGAAUUACUAGGAAGAUCGUUUAUGCAGCAAACUUCUGGAAUUUUGACACAUCCAUUGGCUAAUUUUUCUCAUGUCAAUAUGAAUCUAGGUACCCCUAGAUCUGAUUUUACUACUCCAAGAGCCGAUUUUGCUAUACCCAGGCCUGAUUACGGUUCUGUCAUGACUCCCAGACCUGACUUUGAUACACCACCUGCAAACAAUAAUGGCGCAUCUCAGUGUAAUGGGAAAAAUCAAUUUGAUAGUUUUGCAUUCGAAAAUCGAAUGCACAGUUUGAAUCAAAGAAGUGACAAUAAUAAUUAUAUGGUAUCUGGACAUUUUAUGCAACAAUUAGGCAAUAUGAAUCCCUAUGAUUUAGCUCAAACGGCUCUUAUUCAGCAACAAGCUCUGAGCGUAAAUAAUAGUUAUACCUCUUACCAAGCCUCUCAAGGCUUUUAUCCGCAAAGAAAUCAAAUGCAAAUAAAUACAAAUUAUAAACGACCUAAUAAUUAUUUCUGUGAAGAAUAUCCUUUGUACCAAGAGCGAUAUCAAUGGCCAGGAAGGAGUAGUGAAAAAGAAAGACGUCCGCAAAGGCCGCAAGGCCCUACAAUUUAUAGGGAAUAUAGGGAAAUAAGGUAUGAAAGGGCUCAAGAGCAAAAUUCAAUAAAAGAUCCACGUUUAAAACCAAGAGAAACAAAAGACGAAGAUGAAACAGAAACGGAUAUUAGAGAUUCAAGAUUAUCUAGAGGCAGGGAGCGAUUCAGAUCCAGAGAUAGAUCAUCCAGUGAAGAAAAGGUAAAAUCCAGAGACCCUAGAGUAAACGCAAAAAUCAAAGAUAAUAGGUUGGACUCAAAGUAUGAACAAAAAAAGAAAGAUGACGAUGAGGUAUUUGGUUCCUCUUUAAACAGUCUUUACGAUGAUGAAGAAGGCAGGAACGGUCCCGGUUAUGGUUUACAAAACUUUCAAAUUCCAAAUAAAUCUAGAAAAGCUGACAUAAUAAAUGAUCAAAAAAAUACAGAAGAAACGCGAACUAGUUGUGAAACAAGAACCAGCAUGAAUAGCAGUACUGGUACUACGGAAAGAAGCAGUAGCGCUAGCGAUACACAUAAUGACGGCAGCGAUAAACAGUCGAACAGUAGCCAAAAACUAUCAAGAAAUAGCGGUGGUUGCAAAAAAAGAAUAUCGAGCAAAUCGGAUAAAAGCGAAACAAAUGACAAUCUAGAUAUCCUAGAUGAAGCAGAUUUUAGUCACGUUUCAACUAUGGAUAUAACAGUAGAAUAUGAUGACAAAGACGCUAAUGUUAAGGAUUCAACAAAUGAAUUAAAUGAAAGUCGAACAGUUUCCUAUAAUAACAAAUCUGAAGAAAAUAAUAAUAUCAGUGAAAGUAAGUUAGUGCAAGAAUGCAUUAAAAUUGCUGCGAAAAAACAAGAAAUUGUUAAAUGUUCUUCCUCCAAAGAUAUUUCAGAACUGCAUUCAUCACAAGCAACCCUUUCUGGUGAGAGAAUUGAGGAAAAUAAUUCUGCAACUUCUACAGAAAUUUCACUAGCCAAACCUAUUAGCAGUGAUACACCAAAUACCCAAGAUGAAAGCUUCAGAAUGUGUUCACUUUCAGAAUCAUUCCUAGGUACAUUGAAUUCUCAACAGAUACAGAGAGUUGGAAGUGUGUUAAGUAAGGAACAAUCUAACAAAGAAAACAUUUCUGGACCCAAUAAAGCAAAAAAAGGACAGCAAAUAAUUUCCAGUAUUGUAACAGAACGUGAUAAUGAUGUAGAAAAUAAAGACUUACCAAUAAGUAUUAGAAAUACUGAUGAGACACAAGUAAAUGAAGUUACUGAAUCUCUGGAGCAUUUGGAAAAAGAACAAUGCAAUGAAGGACAUUUAGAUUCAGAACCUAUAGUAGUGAGUAUUGGUGGAAGAAUUAAAAAUCGCAGACGUGCCUCUCAGGUAGCAGCAGCUCGAAAAAGGAAAUCUGAAUUAGACCUUCUUAAUGCUGAUAUUCAAAACAUGUUUAUCAACGAGGGUGUUCUUAAAGCUACUGGUAAGAGAAGGUGUGCGCAAAAGGACGAUCCCAUUGUACUUUUGAACCCUGAGCAACAAUCCAUUCUUGACGAAUCAGAAAGAAUAAAAACGCGUGGACCUAAAAGAAAAGUGGCGUGCAACAGCUCAGAAAUGACAACUCUGAAGCAAAUAAAAAUAAUCAUGAAAAAGAUUCCGGAUGAUGUCGUGUCAGUGCGAUUAGCUUCUGUGCCAUCUGAAACACCUUCUCUAAGCAACUCAGAUUUGAACGAUAUUCCUGUUGUACCUGAUAUAGAUUAUUACUAUGAUUAUACAACAAAGAGUAAGCUAAAUUGCAAAUUAUGUCAAUAUAGUGGACAUCGGAUGACUGUGCAUUAUCUGAGAGAGCAUCCGGGAUCGGAAGUUUUAACUUCAAGACUAUCUCCUCAUGCUGCAGCUGAAGCCAUUGAAGAUUAUGCUUUGAACAAAGAAACUUUCAAAAAUGUAGCAUACAAAGAAUUAAGUAAUAGAAAGUUUCAAUAUUCUUGCCGAUUCUGUGGGUAUGUAGGUUUUUUUUCACCACAAUACUUUUACGAUCAUGUUACUAUGCACACUGGGGAGUACCGACAUAGAUGUGAAUUUUGUGAAUGUAUUACUGCAAAUUUUUUAUCAAUGUCUAAACACUAUCGUAAUUUUCACCCAGAUGAAGAAAAAAGUGAAAGAACAGCACCAAAACAGUUUGAUUUUGCUAUUGUUUUCGCCUAUAUGUGUAGCGAAUGCAAUUUUGUUCAGUUAGAAAAAAAAAGCUUACAAGGUCAUAUUAAAGUUUAUCAUUUUGGCGCUAAGUCGACUAUUCACAAGAUUAAUAUAUCUAAAAUCUUAGAUCUUCCACUGAAAAAUGCGAAGAGUUCUGAUUCUACUAAGAAAGGUUCUACGGAGGUUUUGCCGACAAAAAAUAGCACAACUCCUGUUCGUAAAUCUGCUGCAUUGAUAAAACCUCGGUCCAAAUCGAAAGAAGCAAUAGCGUCUCCUCUAAAGCAUUCUCAGGAAGAUGUUGUUGCUCCGGUUAGAAAGAGACGACGAAGUCUGGAUAAUCUCAUAAAUAAAGAUAGUAAGGAUGAUUUAGAUACGAUCAUCAAUCUUUCCAGUAGAAGUAAUCGGGCAGCUAAGGAAAAGGCUACUGCAAAAUUAAAAUUGUUUAUCGAGAGUGAUGAAUCAGAUUCUGAAAAAGAAUCCUCUGACCAGGAAUCGACUGAAUCUGACCAAGAAUCGGACGAAGAGCAAACGAAUGUUGAAAGAAAUAGAACUUCAGUUGAAAACCACAUUGAAGAAGUUAAAAGGGUUCGCACAAUUAGUAGUACAAAUACUAAUGAAAUCGCCCCUCCUGUUGAAAAUAAAUCAAGGGAAAGUGAUCUUGAUGUAUUCAUGUGCGAUAUACUUCCAGAACAAGCUAAUACAAUAGAAGAAGACGAAUUAAGGCAAAUGGACGAAGUGAAUAAGUUAUUUCUUGAGAAACCUGAACUAGCUUUUAUUAGAAAAUUAUCUAAUCGACCAAACAGUGCGCAAGAGCUAGAAGCCAUAACAAUAAAAAAAGAUCUUCCAGACACAACUGAACAUCAACAAAUGCCACUAUUAGAGAAACUCGUUCCAGUAUCUAGUACUGAGACGCCACCCUUUGUAAAACUUCCACAAAAUAAAGUUCAAAAUUUGCUCUUCAAUUCAAUUCAAAAGCUGCAGGAAAAAAUUAAAGAGACUGUUCAAGAAGAUUUAUUAAAGAGAAAUGAAAACCUGGAAUUCUCAGUUCAAGAUAAAACAUCUAACGAUGAGUUGAUACCAGAAAUUCGAGAAUCGAUUAUAUCCCUAGGAGAUCUAAUAAGAGCUACUAGAACUGACUCGGGUAUAUUGUAUUCCUGCCAUGUAAAUGAAUGUAAUUUCACCUCAAAGGACAAAAUAAUAUUUAAAAUUCACUGUAAGCUUGGCAUUCAUGAACACAUUCAAGCAACUUCUUCGUUGUGUGAUAGGUGUGGAGUACUUGUGAAAAUUACUCAAGGUAAAAAAUUAUUAGAAAAUUUAUAUGAACAUUUGGUAAAUGCUCAUGGAAACUUCAUUUCUCCAAUGUCUCCAGUUGGCGUAGGCAAUGAUAAACUAUUAUUGAUUAAAAAAGGAAAAGAAUCUAAAACAGAAGACUCAAAGGAGCAAAAAUCUAAAGAAAUUGUAUUGUUGCAAGAUAUUCAGGCUGAAAAUGAUGCGUCUGUUUUGUUAGCUUCAAAAUCUAAUACCCCUUCAUUUUCAAUAUCUGAUACUUGUCCUCCUCUGCAAAUAGUAAAUGACUCUGUAGUAACUUCAUUAAUAAAAGAAGGACCUGCUGCAACUGCGGCAAUGAUAGAACCAACAGAUGAUACAUCACAUGAUUUUAAAAUCGUUGAAGUUACCUCAUUGGCCGAGUCUGAUCAUAUUGAGCCGGUAGCUGCCGUCAUAAAUACAUCACAUGAUUUUAAAAUCGUUGACGUUACCUCAUUGGCCAAUACAUCACAUGAUUUUGAAAUCGUUGACGUUACCUCAUUAGCCGAAUCUGAUCAUAUUGAGCCGGUAACUGCCGUCAUAAAUACAUCACAUGAUUUUAAAAUCGUUGACGUUACCUCAUUGGCCAAUACAUCACAUGAUUUUGAAAUCGUUGACGUUACCUCAUUAGCCGAAUCUGAUCAUAUUGAGCCGGUAACUGCCGCCAUAACAAAAUUACCUCCAUUAGUACUAGCCAGCCAGGAAGAAUCCCCACCACAAUCGAAAGUAAUUAGAGAAGCAAAAUUAACAAGUCUCGAGGCAAGUCAACCAAGAAAAGAAGCCCAAGCUCUCCAAUCACUUAUAGAAACACCUGGAAAUCUAUACAAAUGUCCUCACUUUUCUUGUAAGUUUAGUUCGAAUGUGCGCACUGUGUUCGCGUCCCACUUGAAAGAACACACAUCUGAAAAUACUACCAUGGUACCAUGUGUCUACUGCGACGUGAAAACACCUUGGGAUCACGUGUCAACGCAUAUAGACAUCAGGCAUGCUGCGAGUAGACAUACUUGUCGGUAUUGUUUGUAUAGGGCGGUGGCUGCUGAGUAUGUUUGUUUGCAUCUGGAGCAGUGCCAUCCUAAUCAAGCUUUUGUUGUUAUCUCAGUUCCUCCACAUAAAGCUGCCAAGAAGUUUUCUGCAGCUAACAUAAAAAUUGACUACAAGCAACUUUGCGAGCCAUAUCGUUGUGUAUGUACAAACGAAGAUGGAAACUUAAAAUCUCACGAGUAUCUAUUUGGAAAUGAAUUUGUUAAACAUCUCAAUAUUCACAAACAAGACUCUGUCCAGUGCGGAUAUCCCAGAUGUUUCCAGAAGUUGGACCCCUCCGCGAUGCUUAACCAUUGGGCACUGGUCCACAAGGUUGGCAUUUAUCAGUGUAGCAAUUGUAAAGUGAAUAGUGAAGACAUUUAUAGGAUGUACAGCCACUUUGCUGAAGUGCAUCCCAAUAUGAUGCCCAAUAUUUUAGUUAGAAAGAAUGAAUCUUCUUUGCCGAAGCAUAAAGAAGUAGGAUAUGCAGAUGAAGCUUACCGAUACCUUGGCUACAUCAGAAAAUUUCCUCCUACUCUAUUGUCUAUAAUAAUAAAGCGAUCUCAAUGUAAAGAAAUCAGGAUAAUUGAGUCCGAUUCAAGCGAUACCUCUGAAGAAUCAACUAUGGCCUUGACUCCACCUAUAACGUCGCCAUCUAAUACCCUGUUUUCACCGAUCUCACAGAAAAAUAGCCAGUCAGUUUUGAGCAAUCCAAAUCUUCCAAUAUCAGCUGCAUCUACCACUACAAACGACGAAGUUUCAUUAUUAUCUAACAAUUCUAGGGUAUCCCAGUCGAAAAUACCAUUAGGAACAUCUACUGCGUCUCUCGGCCAGACUUCUACAGCUUCUGCGGCAUCAAUUUCAAAACACCCAGGGCCUACUGGCAAAGUCUUACUUCAAACUUCUACAAUAUCGCCAAACGAAUUUAUGUUUAUACCUAGAAAAGAAACAGAAGUAGCUACUCAUCAUACUCCUGAAUUAUCUGUUGUUAGUGUUACUUAUAAACCGGAUGAAAUUGAUUCAAUACCCGAUCGGCAGAUAUUUAACACUAAUCUUAAAUGUGGAGAGUGUAACUAUCAGACAAAAGUUAGGAUAAAUAUUAAAAGGCAUCUUCAAAUGCAUUUAAACGAGGAAGUUGUUCCUGAUACUGCCCCAGUAAAUCCAGCACCUUGUCUUGAGAAAAAUAAAAAACUGUUUGAUAAAAUGUGGAAUUUGGCAGCUAGUUCUUUUCCUACCGGAAGAAUGGGAGGAUCUCCUGUUGUAAAAAAAAAAGACCAAAACAAGGACAAGUACCCUGAAUUUGUACCAAGUCAUCGCCGAUUCGUAUGUUCUGCUCAAGGAUGCUCAUAUCUAUGCCCUAAAGAGAAUAACUUGAAACAACAUAUUAUGGAUUUCCAUAAGAAUGAAGCUAACUUCACGUGUGCCCAUUGCAAGGUCGCUAUAGAUUCUAGUGACGUGAAGAACGUGAUCACGCAUAUUAAGUUGCAUGGAUUGUAUUUAUACAAAUGCAAAUACUGUAGUUUUGUACACUAUUUGAAGCACAAAGUCCAGAAGCACAUUUUGGAUGGGCAUUCGAAUUUCGCUGUUGAGGUUGUUCCAGUAAGGUGUAUGGAAUUGGAACCAGAAUUCACCUCUCCACUACAAUCUGUGGCACUGACAACAAAGUUCAAAUCUUGGAGUUGUUGCCUAUGCAUAGCCAAAUAUUACACUAAGGACGAGAUACUAACUCACAUACUCAAGAAACAUAACAUUGAUGCGCAAUACAAAUGUUCUUGGUGUGCCUUUAAGGACGAUCAAGAAAAUGUUUGUAGGGAGCAUUAUGAAGAGAAACAUCCUGACAAUGAGUUUGAUAUUAUUCUGGUUUACAGAGAGACUGAAGAAGAACCCCUGGAAGAUACAAGCAUAACUCCAUUCGAUACAACCCCCCUAUGGCAACGUGAUAAACCGAGAGUACAUCACAUCAGAGGAAUACUCUUUGACAAAAAUUCGCCCAAAAAGAAAUUCUCGAUUCUAAAAACAUCACCUGUUGCAUCUACCAGUUCUGCUAAGAAAAUGCCUAGUUCCGUGUUUACGAAACGUUGGAUUUCUGACAAAAAUGUUGAUGAUAGUAUUGAUGUAGUUGCCAGAGGUAUUGCUGAAACUGAUCAAGGGAAACCAGGGUCUAGUGGUAUUUCUAUAGCCAAAACUAUUUCUCGGCCAGUUGUAGAUGAUAACGCUUCCACUUCGAAUAAUUCAUUUGUAGUUUCUACUGAAAACACUCAAAAGAGAUCUGCUGGGCAUUUUAUUACCAAGACGCCUCCAAUCACACUUGAAUUAAAAAAUAAAUCUGGACAAAAACCCUCCAUUUCAUCCGAAGUUUCGUCUAGUCAACCAGUAAAUAUCGAUAAAUGCUUUUCAAAUCCUACGAACCCAGAUGAAACGUUGAAAUUGGAUAAAGUUAUUAAUAAUGCACCGGAGAAAAAAAUUACCAUUACUACAACUAAUCAGGAUGCCAGAAUUGACUCAGAUGAAUUUGAUGAUGUGAUCAUUGCAGUUAUGUAUUCUGAUAAAAGUAAUGUACUGCAAGAGAGUAGAGCUUUGGAAUCUAAUAAAACCCAAGAUUCAAAUUUAGAUGUUUCGAGUACCGGCAGAGGCCAAAAACGUUCCGGAGCCACUGAGCAAGAAGUAGUUAAGAUGCCAAGGAUCGAAGAGACUGAUGAUGCCUCUAUCGCAAACAGAUGUAGCAGAGAAAACUUGAUAUCCAUGUUCGGCGCCAUCGGGAAACCCCUCAACAAGCAACUGAAAUGCCCCAAAUGCGGCACAUUCAGAUCGAAAAAAGCUGCAGAAUUUAUCUUUCAUCUGUAUGAAGAGUUCCAUUACCAUAGAUAUCAAUGCAGAGACUGUGGCUUCUUGUGUUUAACUUACAAAUUUUUAUUGGGUUGUCAUAUUCAAAAACAUCAUCCAAACGCCACCGUGAACUUAAUUAAGCCUCUACCUCCUUAUGUUGAGUUGGAAACUUGGAUUCAGAUGGUGAUCAGAGAGCAAAGUAAAGAGAUUUUAGAAUCGUCCCCAUAAAGACUUCCAGAAACGACCUUUUACUAAUUCCUUCCAUAAUAAAUGUUACUUUUGCGGUAUCAUAUUCAAGUCAGUUUCGGAAUGCAACAAGCACAUGUUUCACCAUUGGGUACUGAUGCCAUAUCAAUGUCAACAUUGCCCGGAAGAAUUCUACACCGUUUAUGGAUUAAGACACCAUCACAGCCUAGAACACCCCCACUUAGUGUUGCAUGCUGAACCCAAAGGUCCUACUUUACCUCAAACGCUGGCUUGCAUUGAAAAUGCUGGAAAAGAAGUCUUGAACCAUUGAGGUUUUACUAACAAUAAAGUUGCAAUUGGUACACAUUUGUCUCGUCAGUUUGCCUCCUUAUUAUUAUAUCCCAAUAUUUUAAACUAACAAAAAAAUCGCCUUUGAUAUUACAACACCAAAAAGAUAUAUAAGCAAAUUUCCAUGCAGUUUAUGUAAUUUUGUUUCAACUACUCAGACGAUACAAUAUAUUAUAAAACAUGUUAAAAUCAACGCAUUUCAAACCGGUUGUAUGUUACAAUUUUCAAAAAAGAAAUAGAGAUAACUGUGGAGUUAUAAAGCAUACUGAAGUACAUAAAGGAUUAGACGUAAAUUAUUCUAUAUCCAGUAUAGUCACUAGAGAAUGUAAUAAAGUUAUACCAAUGGUUAUGUUUUUGUGGCUUUGAGCCAUUGUCUGGUGGACAAAAAUAAUUCCAUCAUAUUAUCAUAAAUGCUUGUAAUAUUCAAAUACUUAAAUAUUUUCAUAGAAGCAAAUUUUCAUUUGAU